CUGCUCUGCGCCGCUGCGUCCCGCAGGCGACCAGGCGCUGCAGCGGCCAUGCAGGCCUCUCCGCAGCGGGUGCGCGUCGCCCUGGGCGACGCCGCGGGCGCCCCGCUGCGCGUCCACCGUGCGUCCCGGGACGCCGCGCAACCCGCGCCGGGCGCUGCCAUGGCCUCCAGCGCAGGCAACUCGCCGCCGCGCGAGGCGCCCUGCGAGGCCCCCGCCGCUCCUGGCGCCGCCAGCAGGGCCGCCCCGGCCAGGGGGCCCGUCGGCCCUGCGGGCGCAGUCGUCCUCCACAAGGCACCGGCCAGCCCCAGCUCGAGCGAGUGCGAGACGGAGGACGAGCCUGACGAACACGCCUGGUCGGACUACCUCUUCCAAGUGUGGGACCUCAUCAUCAGGCCGCCCCGGCUGCGCUACUCGAGCCUCGAGCUCGUGGGGAGGUACCCCGAGUCGUUCACGGUGGGCCGCUGGCCGGUGCGGAGGACGGACUUCCAGCUGGUCAACGACAGGAGCCUGACCCUGGAGUGCACCGUCUUCCAGCUGCGAGAGGGUGUGGCCUCCGGCGGCCGGGGCCCCGCGGGGGAGGAGCGCGCCUGCGUCGUCUUCUGCCACGGCCACGGCAGCAACCGCCUGCACGGCUUCCAGCUGGUGCCCAUCCUGCUGCCGCUCAACAUCUCCCUCGUCUGCUUCGACUUCGCGGGGUCUGGCAUGAGUGGCGGCGAGUUCACGUCGCUGGGCUUCUUCGAGCGCGACGACCUCCGGUGCGUCAUCGAGCAUCUGCGGGAGAAGCGGGGCUUCACUCGCAUCGGCAUCUGGGGCGUUUCCAUGGGCGCCUCCACAGCACUGAUGCACGCUGCGCGCGACCCCAUGCUCGCUGGCGUGGUCGCGGAUAGCCCCUUCAGCGACCUUCGGACGCUCAUCCGGGAGCUCUGCGCAAAAUGGGUGCCGCUGCCGUGGGCGCUGCUCAGCGGCGUGCUCUGCGUGGUGCGCGGCAAGGUCCAGAAGAAGGCACUCUUCGACAUCUACGACGUGGCCCCGAGCGAGCACAUGCCGAAUUGUCACGUGCCUGUCUACUUCUUGCAUGGAGACAAGGACACCUUCAUUUCGCCGAAGCACUCGGAGGAGCUGCGGCGUUGCUGCGGCGGUGACGCCGACUUGCUGAAGGUGCGCGAGGGCACGCACAACUCGCCGCGCCCCCAGGCGACAAUGGUCCGCGCGGCUCUCUUCCUAUUGAGGGCAAUGCGCUGGGAAGACCAGCUGCCUCAGGGCGUCACGAUCAAGGACGUGCUGAACCUCGCGGGCAGGGCUGGAGCACCUCCGCAGGCGCCGCUGAUGGGCCAGAGCGCCCACGGAGAUGGCAGCAUUCAAGCACUCCUGGAGUCCGCGGCGCCCGCGAACGUCAGCCUGGGCAUCGUCAAGGUGGCGUGCCGGCUCGUUGCGCCGUACGCCGGCGCGGAGGUCAUCUCGUUCCGCGGGCCCGCAGCCGCCGUCGAGCCGCUGCGCGCGCGCCUGCCCGCGUGCGUGUCGGGCACCCUGCGCCUUCGGUCUGAGCACACCGAGUUCGCCCUCUGCUGGGUGGAGGGCGACCUCCCGCGCCUGGGGCGCGGGGGCGGCGCCACCCGCGUGCGGGUGUGGUUCGCGCUGGCCUCCACCGCGGCGCUGAGCCUCACGUCGGUGCUGCUGCGCUUCGGCGGCGCGCCUCCCAAGGACCGGGUCCCCCUGGCGGGCUUCGUCUGCGAGGCCGUGGACACGGCCGACCAGGCGCUGACCCGCGCCCUCCACGCGGGCUGGCAGUCCCGCGUCUCGCUCGCCGUGGGGCUCGACGGCGCCGCCGAGGUGCGGGCGGGAGACGCCCAGGCGACCAACGCCGCCUGGAGGGCAUCGGCCGCCGCGGGCGAGGCGGGCACCGCCGAGGACGCUUGCGUGUGGGCCCUGCAGUGGGUGCGUGCCGGAGAGGCCGGCGGAGUCCACAUGCAGCUGCGGGCGGCGACGACGGCGCCGGCGUGCGGCCGCUGAGGCGCGGGCGCGCACGCCCAGCGGAGGGGUCAGCUGGUGGGGAGUGUAGGUGGGCUCUGCCACUGGGAAGGGUCCCCGGUGAGCUGGGAAUGGCCCCCCGUGCGCGCGGCUGGCCUGCUCCGUCC